AUGUGGGCGCCAGUAGUGGGCGUCGACGCGGGUAACCAGCGCAUAGAAGCGGGUGUCGAGAACACAGUGUGGCCCGCGGAGGCUCUGCCACACUACCCGCCGACCAGAGGCCGCCGCCACAAUGUGCAAGCGGCUCGUCGCAAGGAGGAAGAGCCACUGGUGGAGGCUCCAGGAAGCAGCUGUCACUACCUCAUCCACACCCCGAUGGGAGGAGGCUCCGUAUACGUUGACUCAGGGGACUGUAGUGAUGGAGACCACAGGUCCUCACCACCAGGGGACUGUAAUGAUGGAGACCACAGGUCCUCGCCACCUGGGGACAGUAGUGGUGGAGACAUCACGCCCUCACCACCAGGGGACAGUAGUGGUGGAGACAUCACGCCCUCACCACCUGGGGACAGUAGUGAUGGAGACAUCACGCCCUCACCACCUGGGGACAGUAGUGGUGGAGACAUCACGCCCUCACCACCUGGGGACAGUAGUGGUGGAGACAUCACGCCCUCACCACCUGGGGACAGUAGUGGUGGAGACAUCACGCCCUCACCACCUGGGGACAGUAGUGAUGGAGACAUCACGCCCUCACCACCUGGGGACAGUAGUGGUGGAGACAUCACGCCCUCACCACCUGGGGACAGUAGUGGUGGAGACAUCACGCCCUCACCACCUGGGGACAGUAGUGGUGGAGACAUCACGCCCUCACCACCUGGGGACAGUAGUGGUGGAGACAUCACGCCCUCACCACCUGGGGACAGUAGUGGUGGAGACAUCACGCCCUCACCACCUGGGGACAGUAGUGGUGGAGACAUCACGCCCUCACCACCUGGGGACAGUAGUGGUGGAGACAUCACGCCCUCACCACCUGGGGACAGUAGUGGUGGAGACAUCACGCCCUCACCACCUGGGGACAGUAGUGGUGGAGACAUCACGCCCUCACCACCUGGGGACAGUAGUGGUGGAGACAUCACGCCCUCACCACCUGGGGACAGUAGUGGUGGAGACAUCACGCCCUCACCACCUGGGGACAGUAGUGGUGGAGACAUCACGCCCUCACCACCAGAGUGUUUUUCAAAAUCUCGACUCAGUCCUCUCCUCAGGUAG